UUUCCUUUUGGUCCCUUUCUUGAUAUCUCUGAAGCUUCUUAACGAAUUAAUAUAUAGGUCAUGAAUGAAUCAAGAAGAAUCAGAUUUAAUUUCUUCAUCAUCAUCAUCUUCUUGAUCUCUAGGGGGAUUUUGCCGGUAUCUUCAGAUGAUGAUGGUGUAGCCAAGAAAGAAGAGAAUCCUUCACUUGUGAAGAUUAUAUGUGGGAUCUUUGGCAAGAAGUUUCCUCCUAGUUCUUGGGAAUUGAUUCAAGGUGCAAUGAAGAAGAUUCAAACGAAGCUUUACCCUCCAAAUCUAGAUUUCAGAAGCAACAGCGCCAAUAACAAUAAGGACAAAGAAGGAGAAGACAAAGGAGAGAAAGUAAAAGAGGCGGCCACAAGGAGCCUUGAAGUAAGCAAAGAAGCAAUUGAAGAAUCAGCAAAACUAGCAGGAGGUGUCAUAGGAGAAGCAGUUCACAAAACAGCUGAGAAAGUUACCAAACAAACCUCACAUGAUGAAAUGUAAAUGUAAUCCACCAAAGAUUUGCUCAUAAUGUUAUUUAACUUACAAAAAAAAAAAUUCAGAUUCAAAAGGAACCAAUCAUAGCGUUCAGACUCAAACUCAAACAACACAAAAGAGAGAUUCAAACUCUUAAAACAUAUCAAGAAGAGCGAGAAGAAGAAGAA